UGAAUAGAAUAUUCUCGUAAAUUAUGACAAUCAACUUGUCUUACAAAAGCAGAAUUCUAGCAAAAAAAAACCACCUGUAAAACAACACAAUAGAAAAUGUGUCUCAUCUAUUGAGUGUUAAAAGUGAGUUGAUUUGUUCGUCAUUUUAACUCACGUGUAAUGAUUCAAAAUAUAGCUUUUUUUCUCUUUCUGAAAACUCGCUAAUAGAGAUAUUGCGACAAAGGAAAGAAAGCGAGCGGAUGACUGAGCAAAAUAAUAAACAAGGCAGCAAAAUUUCAGGGCCAAGGUAUUACGUCAUAAUUACGUAUAUAUUACAUAUUCUACCGACCGGCUUAAUUCAAAAGAAACCUCACCUGAAACUUAGAAAACCGAAGAGCGCGAUUUUCGAUUGUCGAAUUUCAACUCUCAGCGAACUUAAUUAGAAAAUUUUGUUUAAAAAAAGUACAUCAUCUGUGGUUUGAGGACUUUGACUUUACGAAAGUGAACCGAUUCAGCUAGAACUGUUUACUAUAAAGCAUAUCUGUGAUUUAAAAUGCAUCAACGAGUUAGUUUCGUUUUGAUUAUAGCUGUUGCUUCUAUUUUUUCAGCAACAGCCCAAGAUGAUCCAUUCUUUACAUCCGAUAACAAAGUCGACUGCGUAAACAAAAUGGUCGAUUGGUGUGACAAUAUGCAAUAUCCAAAAGAAGGCACUGGAAUGUCGAUGAUAUCUAUCUCUCUCACUGACAGUUCCGGAAACUUCUACCGAGUCUUCUGCAACUCUGAUUCGGACGGUACAAACUGUACCAGAAACGGAUCUCCGUGGUUUUCUUGUAAUCCAGACCGUCAACUGACUUACCAAGGUGUGCAGCUUCAGAAAGACUCUACCGACGGCGUUGACGAUGGCAUCUGCAAUACGACCAAGAUGGCGUUCAAUGAUAUGUUCAUACAGAACCUUUCUUUCAAUCCCGUAAAUGCAACAAACGAGAUCACGAAGGGUAUGGAAAACUUCUUUGAUGUGUUGGCUGAUCUGCAGGAGCAAUUUGAUCUGUUGCGGAGUCAUAUAUUCAGUGACUGUUUCCCUUUCUGUCCAAGGAAUCCUUUUGCUCGAGUUCCAUAUGAUGGCAAAGAUCCUGCGACUGAAACGCCUGGUGCAAGUGUUACUCAAACGAACCAACUCGAGAGAGAGUAAUUGGAUUGUUUUUAAAAACUUCAUCCGUAAAUAUUGCUUCGAUUGAUCUUUUUUUCUUCUUUUAGUUGCAUCUCACGUAGCUUCCAUGCAUUAGAAACUGUAAAAACGCAUCUAGUCAAAAGGUCAGUUGCAUUCUGUGUAAAAUUACAUAUUUCAUUAGAUAUCCGGAUGUGUGUAAAAAGUUGUGUACGACAUAAAGAAAUAAAAAAGAUAGAUAUAUA